AGCCUUCUACCGCGCGAGGCGGCCUGCGGGCCGCGGAUUCCCCCGGCGGAGCCGUUUGCCCGCCGGGGCGCCGGCCAGCCUUGCCCCCACGAUGGCCGAAGGAGAGGCCAGCCGCUUCGAGGAGCUGCUGCGCGAGCUGCGCGCGGAGCACGAGCGGCUGCUGCAGCACCUACCGGCCCUGGGCGCGCAGGCAGGCUGGGACCACCCCGCCCCGCUGGCGGAGCUGCCGGACCUGCCAGGGAAGGCGCGCGCCUGCGCCUGGCCAUCCAGCGAGGCAAGCCCCACCAGCGGCCAGGGCAGCACCUUCCAUGCACGCGUAGCGUUCUCCAUGCCGGCGCCCGAGUCCGAGGCGAGAAGGUCGCAGUGCUCCGAGGCCUCCGCCGGCUCCGCGCGAGGUUUUGGCACUCAGGCGUCGUCGGCGGUCGGUGGAGGCCGGCGCCAUCCUCAGUCUCGGUGGGGUCGGCCCUCCAUGUUCGGCAUCGGCAUAUGGAAGAAACUGUUGGACCGGCCAUCCGUGCGUCGAGGGCGGCGGGCCAUCCAGCGAGGGAGGCGGGCCUUGAACAAUUCCCUUUUUGCCCAGGAGGUUGAGCAGAAGAGCUGGCUCGCGGGGGUCGUGAGCAGCGCCAGGUUCGAGCUGACCAUGGCCAUUAUCAUUCUGCUCAAUACGUUCUGCAUCGCGGUCGAGGCUCAGUACCAGGGCAUCGACUCGGGCUACGACUCGGGGGUUGCGCCGAAUAUACGUCAGCCCGCCGACAAGGCAUGGCCAGGGGCCACCAGUGUUUUCUUGGGGCUCGAGUGGUUCUACGGAGUAUUGUUUACAUCCGAGCUCAUAGUCAAACUCGUGGCUGUACCGCAGAAGACCUUGAAGGACGCUUGGAGCGUGAUCGACGUCCUCGUUGUCGCCUUCUUUUGGAUCGAGGCGCUAGAAAGGGACCUCCCGUUCCCACCGACUUUGAUCCGCUUGGCACGGAUGGCGCGGUUAUUGCGAUUCCUUAGGGUGGUGAAGACAAUCAAAGGUUUCGGUUCGCUCUACCUAAUGUUGCAGUCGAUCAAAGGCAGUGUUUCCGCCCUCGGCUGGGCCAGCGUUGUAGUGCUAAUGGGCGAGAUGGUCUUAGCUUUGGCGCUGAACUUGUUGGUGAGAGAUUACUGGGAGAACGAGAGCUUGGACCUCGAAGAGAGGGAGGUGCUGUUCGAGUACUUUGGCACAUUCACAAAAUCGCUGCUGACAAUGAUUGAAAUGCUACUGGGCAACUGGUUCUCCGUCACACGGAUACUCAUACGUUUCAACGAGUGGUUCAUGGUUUUUGGCAUUUGCCAUCAGUUGGUCUUCGGUUUCGCGGUGAUCGAAGUCAUCUCGGGCGUGUUCCUGAACGAAACAUUCAAAGUCGCAGCCCUCGACGACAGCAUCAUGCUGGAAGAGGCAAGAAGAACUGCGAAGGCGGAGAGCGAUAAGCUGACAGAGUUUUUCAACAUGGCGGAUGAGGACGACAAUGGGUACGUGGACCCAGACGAACUCAGAAGGGCCCUGGAAAACAAAAAGGUCACAGAGUGGCUGAGUGCCAUGGGCCUGGACCUGUCCGACGUCGACAGGGUAUUCAGCCUGCUGGACAAGGACCGUGACGGGCGGCUCACGUGCGAGGAGCUGGUGCGAAUCGCCGUGCUGCUGAAGAAGCCUGCGCGGGCGGCGGACAUCGCGGUCCUGAAGUCGCUGCUCGAGGAAGUGAAGGCCUGCAUCGAUCCCGCGAAGCCGUAGCGACACGAGGCGCCGGCAGCCCGGGAGAGCGGCAGAGCGCACAGAGACGUUCGCGCCAAGCGCGCCAUGCGUCCUCCUCCUCCUCCUCCUCCUCCUCCUCCUCCUCCUCCUCCUCCUCCUCCUCCUCCUCCUCCCCCUCCCCCUCCUCCUCCUUUUCCUCCCUCCUCCGCGUUGCCAUCAUGGCACUCGCUGCCAUCAUGGCGGUCCUCCCUCCACGUCUGUCGUUUCACCCUUCUCUGAUCGUGUGCCACGAUCGCGCUUCACCGUUCUUCAGCGCGGCUGCGAGCGAGCAGCGUUGUUUAGUCAGUUGUCCGUUUGAUGUGGCAGCGCUUCCCUUUAGAUGCGCAGUCCUACAUUUUUUUCAAGGCACUUCGGCCGCCGGCUGGCCGCACCUUGCAGUACCCCGCGCGGUGCACGAUGUUGGACGCAGGCCUUGCUCAAUGCAGGACGCAGGCCCUGCUUUCGCGUUCAGCGCGGCGCGUACUUUUUUUCCGCACGCCCGGUCGUCGGAAGCGGGGCGCCGUUGCCACGAGAGCAAGA